AGUGGCCUGGUCGCUAAUGAUCUGUGUCGAAUGUUUAUAUUUUGUUUUGCUUUGGAGGAUUUUUUUAGCAAUCCAGGUCGCAUUUUUCCGUGCAAGGAUUUUAGAAUUCUUAUGCAAGUUAUGCAAAGUGCUGAAAUACUUACUCUUUGAAAAAUGUCGAGGGGAGCCACUAAGCAGUACUGUGCUGAGCCGGAGCACGAUUCGUACGAAUACUGGUACCGCAGGAAGGAAGUGUACUAUGAUUAUAUGGACGAAGCCCCUUGCAAGAUUCCAAAAACCGAAGAACACUUUGAUGACCCAAUCGAUCUAGCAGAGACGAUCGAUACAAUUGAUUUACCGGCACAUCGUUUGACGGGAAAGGUACGCUGUCAAUAUUUGAACUACAUCGAGAAUCUAUUGAUCGGCAACUACGAUGCUUGGAUGAAAACCGUGGAUUCGUAUGAUAAUGUAACAUUUACGCCUGACGAGGUCAAACGUUGCGCUGAAAGCAUUGAGCUAAAAGCGGUCAAGUCAUGUAUGAUUGUAUCGCUUUAUCGAAAUUGCAUACUCAAAGUGAUAUCUCAAAUCCGCAAGGAAACAAAAGAUUCAUGCUUGCAUCCUUGUUUAAUUAAUAUGAAAUUUACACCAAAAAUAAUUAAAAAAGAAGUAUGCAGUGUUGGUGUACAAACGGAUGUAUUGGAAAAGCAGCAACUAGUCCCUAUGCCCACAGCUGCCCACAACGAUGAACUUCCUCUACUCGAUGUGCCAGCCAUGUCGCUGGACGAAAAAAUACGCAAUUUUGAAGAAAUAAUGCACAUACCUGAUCCCGUGCUGUUGCACAAAAAAUGCCGUAAGCAAUUGCCGAAGAAAGAAAAAGGUACGGUGCGUAAUAAAUCAAGUCGAAAGGAUCGAACAUCAAAGCGAAAACCGAAAGUUUCCAACGAAAAAUCCUGUUCAAAUGAAACAUCCUUCGUUUCGAUUCCGUCGAAGCAAUGUACCAUAACUGCGAAAACCGGAAACAGUGCAAUUGAAGAUGAUCAAAUUAUGCGUGAGCUGAAGGCUAUGUUUGAUACAGGUGAUGAUGAAAACAUCUUUGAAUCGUGCGAAAAUCAAGUUCAAAUCAACGCAAUAAUAAACGAAAUUGAAAAAUUCGACCCGUCGAAAGCUGGUGAACGAUUAGACAGCAGCACUGCUUCACAUCAGUCUGAAGUUCAUCAGUUAUCUCCGAAAUUCAACUUUUCUUCCCUCGAUAAUUCAACACAUUGUACGGUGUCUGAAAGCACUUUACAAAAUAUGGACCAAAGCAAAGAUGAUCUCAAGAAGAGUAUUUGGCCAUGUGAGUUUCACAUGCAAAAGAUUAAGUUGCGCGAAAUAUUAAGCAAUAUCGCGGAUGUAAACUACUUGCGAUAUGAACGUAUUCGCGCUAAAUUCAUCGUCCUGUUUGGUGAAUAUGAACAAGAAGAGGAUGAACUUGGUCCUUACAGUCCGUCGAUAGAAUUGAACGAAAUACUGAUAGCAAGUUGCAGGCAACGAAUUGCUAGAUGGGUAGUACAAGCGCUAAUGAAACCACUUAACGAUGGUCUAAUCGGAAAUAGAUUUUUGUUCAAGAAGCUGGCUAAACAUAUAGCAGACGGCAUAAUUUACCAGAAUCAGUAUCCAGAUCAACGAUUUAUCAAAAAUUAUAUUGUUGAUUACUUUUGCACCCACCAAGCGGUAUUAUCUGCUGAAGAUUUGAAUUAGGCGAAUGAGACUCCUAUUUGAAUUUGCAUAACAUGUAAAUCAUUUCAUUUAUUCGUAUUGUUUAUAUAAAUUCUGUGAAUUUGAAGGAUUUCA